AUGCAGUUCGACAAUACUGUAAUCAGAAACAUUAUACUUAUCUUUUUAGGAAUUGUAGCAUUUACUCAAUUCUAUAAAUUAUACAAUGUAUAUUAUCAAAAUAAUCCAGUUACUGCCAUACGAGACUUAACAUGGGGGGAUAUAAAUUUUAUUCAUACUACUGAUACUCAUGGUUGGUAUUCAGGUCAUUUAAUUCAACAGCUGUAUAAUGCAGAUUGGGGUGAUUUCAUUUCAUUUACAUCUAGAUUGAAAAAGAUUGCUGAUGAUAAUGGUCAAGAUUUAUUAUUAAUUGAUAGUGGUGAUAGACAUGAUGGUAAUGGAUUAUCAGAUGUAACAGUACCCAAUGGUGUUAAGGCUCUUCCUAUCUUUAUGAAAGAAGAUUAUGAUUUGUUAACUAUUGGGAAUCAUGAAUUGUACUUGUGGGAGAAUUCUAGACAAGAAUAUGAAGAUUUGAUUGAACACUUUAAGGGGAACUACCUUAGUUCUAAUGUAGAAUAUAAACUUGAUAAUGGAACGUUUGUAACUUUUGGUGAUAAAUUCAAAUAUUUUACUACCCCCAAUAAGCAUUUAAGGAUUUUAUCAUUUGGAUUUUUAUUUGAUUUCAAUAGAUUCAAUGAUCAUUCUCGCGUUACGUCCAUUAAAGAAGUCAUUGAUAACCAGCCAUGGUUCAAGGAGACCUUAAAAGCAUAUCCACCUGAAGAAGUAGAUUUAUUAUUACUUGUGACUCAUGUUCCUAUCACUCGAAGCUGGCCAGAAAUAUAUUAUCUCCACUCAGUGCUUAGAGAGUUCUAUCCCGAUACUAAGAUUCAGUAUUUUGGAGGUCAUAGUCAUAUUAGAGACUUUAUAGUUCUUGAUGAAUAUGCCACAGCAUUACAAAGUGGUAGAUAUUGUGAAACAGUCGGUUGGACUAGUAUUAAUUUACAGACUGACAACUUUAAAGAAAGAUACUCGAGAACUUAUAUAGAUUUCAAUCUCGACUCGUUUCAACAUCAUGCGAAGAUCUCACUGAAGGAUUCGUUUGAUACAGAAAAGGGGGUCAAUGUUUCCAAAUUGAUUACUCAAACCAGAAAUGAAUUAAAAUUAAAUACUCCUAUUGGUUAUGUCAAAAAGAGUAAUUAUUAUAUUGAUUAUGUUCCAAUUACUGAUUCUAAGAAUAUAUUUCACUUUUUAACUAAGAAAGUAUUACCUACAUUAACUCCAGAUGAUGAAAAUCUUGAGAUUCAUGAUGAAAGAAUUAUUAUUAUUAAUACUGGAUCUAUAAGAUAUGAUUUAUAUAAGGGUCCAUAUACUCUUGAUAGUCGAUAUAUUGUAUCACCAUUUGAGAAUUUAUGGGUUAAAUUAUCUAUUCCUAAAGGUAUUGCUAUUCAAAUAACUCCAUUAUUGAAUGAUGAAUCUUAUAUUGCCAAACAUUUAAAACCACCUCAUCAACAAGAUGAUUCAGAUGAAAAGAAUGCUAGAAGACAAACUAGAUUUAGUUAUCCUGUUUUAGAUUUAAACGAUUAUGAUAAACAAACUAUAAAGAAUAGUAAGAAAAAGAAGAAAUUAACUAAGGGAUAUGUUACUUUUGAUGAUUUAGGCCAUGAAGGUGAUGAUACUCCACAUAAAGCUGUUGUUAAUUUCCCUAUUCCAAAUGUAGUUAAUUCAGAAGAAAUUAAAAAGGGAACUAGUGAUGAAGAAAUUGUGGAUCUUAUAUUCUACGAUUUUAUUGAAUCUAAUAUAAUUUGGGCCCUUGACCAAUUAAAUUAUACUUUACCUGAAGGUAAGGGUCCAGACUUUUAUUCCAAGAAAUAUUUAGGUACUCUAUUAAAUGAAUAUAUUAGAGAUAUAGGUGCAUAA